CACACCACAAACUCACUAUGAUGACAUAAGAGCAGUGGGACUAGGUUUUUUUCCUGCUCCUUUCUUUUUUCUGUUCUGUAUUACAGUGAUUCUGGCAGGCAGUUCCUUCCUGACACUGUUUACAGCACUUGAAUCAGUCUCUUAAUCUGAGGAGGGAAUUAAACAGGACAGCAUCAAAGGCACAGUAGUAACCACAGAGAUGCAUCUUCAUUUUAUUCCAUUCUUUGCAGUGCUAAUUAGUGGCAUUUUAUGCACAUUUUAUGACUAUGGUUAUGAUGGAGGAUAUGCUGCCCCAGAGGGAGAUUACUAUGUCUCAAGUUUAUCUUUGGGACCAUCUACUGCAAACUGUGCUCCAGAAUGCACCUGUCCUUUUAACUAUCCCUCUGCAAUGUAUUGUGACAACCGCAAAUUAAAGACAAUCCCAAUGAUUCCUGCUGGAAUACAAUACUUAUACCUGCAAAGCAACUUGAUUGAGGCUAUAGAAGAGGAUGCUUUUAAGAAUGUUACUGAAUUGAAAUGGCUUAUUCUAGACCACAACCAGUUGACCAAUGCAAAAAUAAAGAAAAAUGCUUUUUCCAGUCUAAAACAUCUAGUAAAAUUAUAUAUCAGCUUUAACAACCUAACUGAACUGGUAGGGCCACUGCCAAAAACUAUGGAUGAUCUUCAUGUAACCAACAAUAAAAUCUCAAAGAUUACUCCUAACAUUUUGGAAGGUCUAGAGAAUUUAACUCACAUACAUCUGCAGCACAAUGCUCUAAAAGAAGAUUCUAUUUCAGGGGCAUUCAAAGGAGUGAAACAGCUUUCAUAUCUUGACCUUAGUUUUAAUGAACUGACAAAGCUACCCAAGGGACUUCCUCCAAGCAUAACUACUUUAUAUUUUGACAACAAUAAAAUUGCUAAUAUCCCAGAUGAGUAUUUCCAAGGUUUCAAAUCUCUGCAGUAUCUUCGCCUGUCCCACAACAAAUUGAAAGAUGCAGGUGUACCUGGUAAUGCUUUCAAUAUCUCAAGUCUUGUUGAGUUGGAUCUUUCAUUCAAUGAACUUGGGAGCAUUCCAGCUGUGAAUGAAGGUCUGGAAAACCUCUACAUGCAAGUAAAUAAAAUUCAAAAAUUCACCCUGAACAGCUUUUGUAAAGUUAUUGGACCAUUGGAAUACUCCAAAAUCAGACACCUUCGUUUAGAUGGAAACAAUAUCAGCAGAAUUGACCUACCACAGGACAUGUACAGCUGUCUCCGCGUGGCCAGUGAAAUAGACCUAGGUUAAAAUGCUUGAUAAUCCAAGUUGGUUAUCCAAGUUACUUCUUUAAUCUUUCUUUCGGUUUCCAGAAACACGUUCAAAUAAAAAAUUGUACAUACAAGCAAAUUACAUCAUUAAUUUUAGAUCGUGAUACAGUCCUACAAAACAUACAUGCUUUUUGAUGCAUCCUGAUCUAUGCAUACAAAUCAACUACUCACAGAUUAUUCUGAUAUAACUUACUUAGUAGUUGCUAAAUAUUAAGGGGAGAAUGAAAGUAUUUCAAAAAUCAUACUUACAGCAUCCCCAGAGCUCAAUAUCCUUGGGAUGCCAUGUUGGAAAUGUUGGAUAUGUUGGAUUUCCAUGCCUAACUUACUCUGGAGGGUUAGGAAAAAGUUGUUGCAUCACCUGGUAUUGUCCUGUUUUCCCAAAUGUCCUACUCAAGUAAAACUUUGAGGUUCAGGGGUCUGCACCAUCAAUAAUCCACCUGGGGAUUACAAGAGUAUGAUAUUUGAAAGACAAUAUCCCGUUAAAUAUUUUAUGAGCGCUGCAAAUAUUUACAAGAGUAGCUGCAAGAAAUGAAAAAGGAAAGAUUCAGCCUCUUAACAGUAUGCUGUGAACCCAAAAUAUUUCUGUGCAAAUUAAUAGUUUUAUAUGGCUACUUUAGUACAAAUGACCUAAGUAGAAUAACAGCUACCUUUAGACUCCUACAAGAGUAAUUAUUUCUUAGUAGAUUAAUGUAAAAUGUAAAAUCACACCGAGAGAGUAUAACAUAGGCACACAUCUUCUUUUUCAUGAUUUGGUUCUUCUCAGGGCAUUUUGCAGUUAUCCAAUGGACAAAUCCAUUCUAUUGUUAUUACUUUUGAUUUAAAACCAGUUGGACAUUUAUAUUUGUGGUCCACUGUUGUUUAAAUAAUGAAAGCAAACAUCUGAUUGAUUACUAAGAACUGCCAAACAUAAGCAAACAUCGCCUGUACUAAAAUCCUGAAAGAAGCAGCCUUGGUAAGGCAAAGGAAUAUUUGUAAACUAACAGAUGUUGUUACUAACAGAACAUGGAUUUAAUGAUCACAUGGUCUGUUUGCUUUGCAAUAAAAUGCAGGUCAUGAUUUGUACAGUGAAUUGAGCUACACAUUUUCAGCAAUUUCAGCAAUAUUUGAAUAUUAGUUUUGUACUUUGACAAUUGUAGAAGUUAUAAUUUUGCAAUCUUGAACCAUAACGUUUACAGAAAUAAAAUUCAGUCACAUCAGCUCUUGAUUUCACUAGUAGCCUCUUUACACAUUUAUAUACUUAGUAAGACAGGUUUGUUAAAAAAAUGUUAUAUUUUCAGAUUAUGUAUAAUAAUCCAUCUAUUUAAAUAAAGAAGUUGGGAAAGUAAUAAAAAAAAAUUAAAAUUGAUUUCAUUUAAAUAUUUCUGGUACUGUUGCAAAAACACUGUUCUUGAACAUUUUUAUUAUUUUUGUUCAUUGCAUGUAUUUCUCUUUAGUAUAUUGCAUGCCAUAGAAAGCAGAAAAAAAAUAAAUAUCCAUUAUAUUUGA